AUGCAAACACAACAGGCUCAGGACUCAGAUACCGUACUGGCCGUUGUCAACAAUACUACUGGCCUGGAAGAUACUAAAACAGGAGAUCUAAUCUUGGAAGACAUUAGUGAUAGUGAUACUGAUACCAUACCGGAUAUAGUCAUUGGUUCUGGUAACUUCAUGACCACUGGUGUGAAACCUUCUGAAGUUUCUCGUAUUGGAAGUGAAAAUAUAUCUACUUAUGAAUUGCAUUCAUUUCCUGAAGGCAGAAGGACAUCAUCUGAAUGGGCAUUAGAGUUGUCAGCACUGAACAAAAGCGUGGAUCUUUCUGAAGUUUUACCGGUACCUCUCCUUGGAAUACUAACUGAUGAGCCAUGUCCAUACGAAAUUUGUAAGGGUCGUGAGAGGCCUUCAGAUGAAUGGGCACAAGAGAUGUUAAUUCUAAAUAAAAGCGUGGACCUCUCAGAAGUCUUACCUGUUCCUCUCCUUGGAAUUGGAGAUGAUGAGCCAUCUCCUUAUGAAUGUGCAUAUGGUCGAGAAAGGCCUUCAGAUGAAUGGGCACAAGAGAUGUUAGUUCUAAAUAAAAGUGUGGACCUCUCAGAAGUCUUACCUGUUCCUUUACUUGGAAUUGAUACUGAAGAGUGA